AUGACCCCUUGUCAGAUCUUGGAAAGAAGCAGUAAGGUUGAAAGCAGUAAAGCAACUGUUGAAGAAUUGCUUGAAGAUUUGGUUGAGGCUGUUCAAAAAGACCAUCUAGAAGAAGAUACGGUAUUUGGAACAGGGGAGGAUGCUAAUGAGAAGACAGGAGAAGUAGCUACAGCUGAAGUUUCUUCAUCUUUUGUGAUUCUAUCUGUAUGUACUCUAGUAGUACUGGUAAUACUGCUUGCCAACUGUGUCUCCUGCUGUAAAGACCCUGAGAUAGAUUUCAAGGAAUUUGAAGAUAACUUUGAUGAUGAAAUAGAUUUUACACCUCCAGCAGAAGACACUCCAUCUGUUCAGUCUCCAGCAGAAGUGUUUACUCUUUCCGUUCCAAAUAUUGGUUUACCAACUCCUUCCCAGUUUCCAUCUCGUACAGAUGGAUCAAAGUCUCAAGUUGCACGUCAGAGUCUAAACUACAUCCAGGAAAUUGGAAAUGGCUGGUUUGGAAAGGUUCUGCUUGGAGAGAUCUACACAGGCACUAGCGUAGCAAGGGUAAUAGUGAAGGAGUUGAAGGCAAGUGCAGGUCCCAAGGAGCAAGAACAGUUUUUAAGAAAUGGAGAACCCUAUUACAUUCUUCAGCAUCCAAACGUUCUCCAGUGUAUUGGGCAAUGUGUGGAAGCCAUUCCUUAUCUCUUAGUUUUUGAGUUCUGUGACUUGGGUGACCUAAAAACUUAUAUCUGCAAUGAGCAGGAACACAUCAAAGGAGAUUCACAAAUAAUGCUGCUACAGAGAAUGGCGUGUGAGAUUGCUGCUGGACUUGCUGUAAUGCAUAAACAUAAUUUUGUGCAUAGUGACUUGGCCUUACGAAAUUGCUUCCUUACAUCCGAUUUAAAUGUCAAAGUAGGAGAUUAUGGCAUAGGAUUCAGUAGGUUUAAGGAAGAUUAUAUUGAGACAGAUGAGAAGAAACUUUUUCCUCUCCGAUGGACUGCACCUGAGUUAGUAACAAGUUUUCAAGACAGACUGUUAUCAGCAGAGCAAAAUAAAUACAGCAACAUAUGGUCCCUGGGUGUAACAUUAUGGGAGCUGUUUGAGAAUGCUGCUCAGCCUUACUCAGACUUUUCUGACAGGGAAGUCCUAACCCAUGUCAUAAAGGAGAAGCAGGUUAAACUCUUCAAGCCACGUCUGGAGCAGCCAUACUCUGAUAGAUGGUAUGAAGUUCUGCAGUUCUGUUGGCUACCUCCAGAAAAGAGACCAACAGCAGAAGAAGUGCAUAGACUUUUAACUUACCUUCGCAUGCAAAGCCAAAGGGACUCAGAGAUUGAUUUUGAACAGCAGUGGAAUGCUCUUAAACCAAACACCUCAAAUAGAGAAACAAAUAAUUCUGCAUUUCCAAUCUUAGAUCAUUUCACAGGAGAUAGACUUGGCCAUGAGAUGGAGGAAGUUCUUACUGUAACUGAAACAAGCCAGGGUCUCAGUUUUGAAUAUAUCUGGGAGGCAGCUAAACAUGAUCAUUUUGAUGAAUGUGGUCAUGUGAAUCCUGAUGAAGCAAUGACAUACACAAGUAUUUUCUUUCCGGUGGAGGUUUUUGAGAGGUCGCUUUCAGAGCAAGGGUCGGGAGCACAGGAUGGAAGUGGUCAAGAAGCAUCACUUGCUGUCCCUGGAGUGUUACCUGUGUUUGAUGCACAUAAGCUUUCUGUUGGAAAUGACUACUAUAUCCAAUUAGAGGAAAAAGGAAGUGGCUGCAGCAUGAAUUUUGAUAACCAAUCAGUUGUGCUGACUACAGAAGUUGAUCAUCAAGAAGCUGUGCAAGAAAAAAGUUCUCAUUUCACGGUUCUCAGGGAUCUUGAUGUUGAAGAAUCUAGCACUGACGGGGACUUCUUCCACUACAAUACUGAUACUAAAGAGGAAUUUUUACCUGCAACCAGCAGUCCAGAAAGUCCUUUCCAGAAUAUGUUUAAUGACAUUGACAGAUCAGAAGAAUUGACAAACAGAAAAAUACUUAGUUUUGUUGAAACAAAUGAAAUUCCUAAAGACUUUAAACCAGCUGUUUUAAACUCGGACACAGAUGCUAGAAAGGCAGUAGACCUUUCUGAGAAGGAGUAUUCUAGUCAUGCUUCUGAAAAGGAAACCGUUUCCUUAUGUGAAAACAUCUCUAACCAGUCUGACUUGGUAACUUUAGAGGAACUUUCUGAUAACUUUUUGUUUCUUCAAGAGAAAAACUUAUUAACAGGGUUAUUGUCUAACAAAACCAGCAGUGAUUAUGGGCAAAAGCCAGAAGGUGUUCUAAAAAGUGUAUUGGAAACGUCAAAUAGAAACUCUGUAGAGCCUGAGUCUGUGCUGGCUGAAAAUGCACAGGUCUUUUCUUUAAUACAUGAAAAUCUUAGAACAGUGAAAGACGAAAAUUUUAACCCAGUGACAAUGAAUAAAGAUCCAAAUUCUCAGUCUUCGACUACUGUAGAGAUGCAGGCAUCCUCUAGUCCAUCUGCAGCACAUAGGUCAUGUGAUAAACAUGCAAAUAUUUCUUAUUUGAAGGAUGAGGAAGAACUAUUAAAUGUGGAAGUCAAUGAAGUUGUGUCCUGUAAUAUUGAUAUUCUCUGUCAAGAAGAGUUAUCCAAUAAUGCCAAAAAUAAUAAUGUUGGAAACAAUCCAUGUUAUGGUGUUGCUGUUGAAACAGAUGAGUGUGAUGCACAAAUAAAACAGGGAAUUCUUUUCAAGUCUGAUGUAGUAGCUUUUAAUAGAGAAAAAUGUGGUGAUCAGGAAGAUGCAAAAAGAAACUUGCAAGAUAAGUCUCCCAUAUUAAAAAAAGAUGAAUGUUUAUUGGAAGAAAGGCAAGAAACAUCAAAGAAUUUUGAGAACUGUAAGGAUGUUCCAGAAGAGGUGACCUUAAUUUCUGUUGCUACUUCAGACUGUACAAGUCAGGAUAGUCUUUUGGAAGACAGCCCAUCUCCUAUACAAACUGUGGAACAAACCUUAGAGACGCCCGAUUCUUUGGAUUCUUUAGAUGUAAAUGAGGUUUUAGAAUCUUUACAGGCUCAAAGUCCUCAGAAACUUUUGCCACCCGAUAGACCUGCUGACAGUGGCUAUGAAACAGAGAACCUGGAAUCCCCAGAAUGGACUUCCCAUAUCACUGUUGAGGAUACUUCUAGUGUAGAUACUCCUCUCUGUGUUGUCAGUGAGAGCAAUGUCAGUGCUUUACCUUCUAAUCCAGUCAUAAUUGUUUCAGAAGCAGCAGCUUGUUUAGAUGCAGUGAACAGCAAUUUUGAAAUAAGCCCAAAGGUUUUUCUGGGUGGAAAUCAGAACUCCUAUAGAGACUCUGCCUAUUUCUCUGAUAAUGAUUCGGAGCCAGAUAAAAGAACUGAAGAGACUGUAAAUCUGUCAAGAGAGACGAUGUGUGUUUCUUCAAACAGGGGAGAGAAUAGUGCUGAAGAGGAUUACAGUUUUGAAGAGAGACAGCAAAAAUGUGAUGUAAGGAAUUACCAGGAUACCAGUAAUGAAAAUACAAAAUUAGAACUAAAUCACAACUUAGAGAUCCAAGAGAUGGAUGUAAGGAUGCAGGAGUGUCCUGAUGAGUGGUCUGAGGCAACUAUGAAUUCCCUGGAAGUAUCAAUGGAAAGUAACCUACAGGAUGAAAUAAAACUAUCUGAGACUUCCCAUAAAACUGUCUCUUGUGUUGGCACUAAUACUUCAGAACUUCUUUCACACAGAGACUUGAAAUCUCUGCAUAACAUACACAGUCCUUUGGAUUUGAGUAACAGUGAGAAGUCCUUCUAUCACACUGAAGGACAAAAACUGAAAGAACCAGAUAUUGAAGGAAAAUACCUUGGCAAACUCGAUGUUUCCGGAAUGCUUGAUUUAGAAGAUGGUGAUGAUGCAGAUGAGGAGGAUGAAAACAGUGAUUCUGAGGAUGACAUGAGGACUUUUCAUAUGCAUAGUCUGAGUUCUGACAGUGAAGAUGAAACUGUUCAUCAAGUACCUGAGAUACUUACUGACAAGGAUGAUGGAAAACAUCUGAGAAGCUUGUUAAAACUUCCAAAACCUCUUGAUGAAAGGCAGCAUGAGCACUGGCAAAAUGAGAAAAAGGCUGUAACGUUCUUUGAUGAUGUGACAGUCUAUUUGUUUGAUCAGGAAACACCGACUAAGGAGCUGGGAAACCAUGCAACAGACUUGAACGGGGAAGGCUCUUGCAGCACUCCUGUUCCAUCUUCGAGUUUUAGUUACUUAAAUAAAUUUGCAAAUUCGGAAAGCUCGACAGAUGAAGAAGGUGGGGGUUUUGAAUGGGAUGAUGACUUCUCUUCUCCAGAGCCAUCUUUUUUAUCAAAGGCAGCUAACAGUCUUAUUAGUUCUAAACCACCUCUUCAGUCGUCAAAGUACUUCUCUCCACCUCCACCUUCCCGGGCCCUUGAUCAGAACUGGUCACAUCCAUCCCCUUAUUCUAGAUUCUCUAUCUCUCCUGCAAACAUGGCAAGCUUUUCUCUCACACAUCUUACAGAUUCAGAUAUAGAGCAAGGAGGAAGCAGUGAAGAUGGAGAAAAAGAUUAAAUGAAUUAAAACUUCUUUGGACUACAUGUAUGAAACACACAGACUUUGUGUCUGAAACUUCUUUAUCUAAACUCUGGAUCCUCCUGGAGUAACACAGGUAAUCAAGAAGUACUAGGAAAUGAAAGUAAACACUGAAAGCAAUGUUAAAUCAGGACAUUAAUUUGAAUGUGUAUUUAACUUUGUAAUGUAUUUUUAAAUCAGUGCAAUUUUGCUUUUCAUUGAAAGAUGAUUCUGCCGCUGUUUUCAAGUACUUGAAGUAUUUUUCAGAUAACUUAAGACACAAGUAAAGCAAUUACACUACAGUCUGGUUUAUGUAUGAGAUUGUAUAAUAUUCUUUUUAUAUUUUUCCAUGUAGUUCAUUAUCUAUUUGAACAUACACCUGUUGUAGAAUUGUGUAUAACUGUCUGUGCAACAGGUGGCUGUGUUGCUGAAACUGUAUGAAUGAUAGUUGAUCAGUAGUGAGCCAUAUUUAUUCAAAAAGAUAUCACUACAUAUUACUUUGCUUAUUACAAUUGCACUAUGGAUUACUCUUCCUUUUCUUUCCUGAUGAUGUACAGAAUCAAAAUCUUAAAUCUUUCAAGAAAAAUAAGACAAGUUGAAUUGGCCCAGUUAUCCAGUUUAAUUUGUCCUUUUUGUAGCCUUUGCUAUGCACGGUACUUGUAAAACGUACAUAACUUCUGAGUGUUAUGUUAGACUUGCUGAAAUCUUAUAUUCAGUACCAUUUCUAAAUUAUAAUGGUUAUAGGUUGAUUGUUAGUGUUCAUGUUUUAUAGGAAACUGGAAAAGAAUAUGUGAUAUACUCUGGAAUUUUUAGAUGAAAGAGAUAAUGUCUCAUUUCCUGAAUAUGAUCCUACUGACUGCUUAAACUGUAAUAGCAUCUGACUAUAUCAUAAUUAAGGGCCUUCCAGUUUUUACUACAAUUUCUGCCUUGGAGAGAGAAGAGGAAAAAUUGGCUGUACAAAAUCGUGGAAUUUAUGAAUCUUAUAAAAAGACUAAUUUCAAUAGACUGCAUUCGGGCGCACUUGGCCCUUCAGUUGUACAUUCUGUGAAUUUUGAAGCUCACUCUUCUGCUGACUGCAGAUUGGGGCUGCCAUUCAGAGGCCUGUGGUAAAUCUACCUCUCAGUGAUGUCAUGACAAUUAAGAAUUAGAUUAAUGGUUAAUGCCCAAUUUUGCACCCUUUAUAAGGCCAGACAUAUUUUAAAAUGUCUGCAAGGCUCCAUAGCAUGUCCUGAAAUGCAUACUGACCAAAAGAUGCAGUAUAAUAUAAAGUUUACUCUGAAGCUGACUGUAGGGAAGGGAAUAUAUUGUGAGUGGUUUUAACCUUCAUAUUCUACCAUGCAUUUGUGCUAAUAAUCCUUUAAACUGCUUGGGGGG